AUGAUUCGAUUCGACUCUCUCUCCCUGGCCGUUCAACAAGCAAUGUGCACUCCCAUGCACCAAAUCCUACCUGCCUCCCAGUCGACGGGAGCCUUGUACCUGGGCUCCUUGGCCGCCAUCCAUGAAAAAGAGGCGCUCGUCGAAAAAAACAUCACCCACCUCGUGCAGGUGCUGGAUGCGCCGUGGCUCCCGCUCUCUGAAAAAGACGGGUUCAACUGCUACCGGAUCCCCAUCCUCGACACCUCAUCAGCCGACAUCAAGAGCCAUUUGGAGGCGGCAUGCAAUUACAUUGAUCAGAGUCUUCGAGGGGGGAAGAGCGUACUGGUGCACUGUCAGCAGGGCGUGUCCAGGAGCGCUUCGAUUGUCAUUGCCUAUCUUAUCCGCAAUCGCGGUAUGUCCUACGAUACCGCCUUUGCCUACGUGAAGCGUGAGCGGGCAUGCAUUGCUCCAAACUCUGGCUUCGUCCAGGCCCUCAGGGACUGGGAGGCAACUUUGCGCAGGCCUGCUGCAGGCAGGCGCUUCACUUCUUAAAGAUCUUACCGGCAAGCUGCACUGUUACCCUACGUUCUUAGCACUCGGAUUAAAUUUAUCUGGACUAUUUACAUUCUGUUUACUAUUAUACCAUCACUUUUGGGCUUUUUCUCGCGUCGAUGAUACCUUUUUUUUUUUCGAUUUUCGAUUAUUCGCGUCUAAAUUCUUAAAUGUCUAACCGGCAAUCAAAGGCUAUUUCUUCGGGACAUUUACCUACACUUAG